UUUGGACAGGUCGGAUUGAGUUUCGCCAGCUUCCGGUUUUUAAUCCGUGAUUGGCGCACGCCGGGUAUGGCUCCAUAGCCGUCCGCCCCGAGACAUCUCAGCUCACUCACAACCUCACACCUCAUUAUUUCCUUUUUUGAAUUACGGUAUUGGCCGACUGUGGAGGGAUUUCAAAGCUGCAUUGGGGGAAAUUGGGGGAAGAGAACCAGGAACUAAACGAACCAGGCUUGCCCAGGAGCAUGCUUCUGCGUUUACCGCCUAGCCUCCAUUACCCGAUCACCGUAACGUCGUUGCUCAAACAGCCCGGCGAUGCGGUGGAAAGGGACGAGGCUUUAUUCUGGUAUUUAUAUCAAACGACUGUCACGGAAGGAGACGGACUCGGCAACAAAAAUGAUGUCCUGCGCACGUUUCCGGCCAAAUUUGAGUCCACCGCCGAUGGAGAAAUUGUGCAGUGGAAGGUUACGAAGGGCGAUGUGAUCAAGGGACCUGUCGACAUCGUGGAGAUCGAUGAGCCAUGUGCUCACGAGGUGCAAUUUGGAGGGCUCUGCGCAGAAUGUGGAAAGGACAUGACCGAAUCGACAUAUAAUACGGAAGUCACGGACUCGAUGCGCGCCCCCAUUCAGAUGGCCCACGAUAACACGGCGCUCACCGUGAGCGAGAGGGAAGCUACCCGAGUGGAGGAAGAUGCGAAGCGCCGUCUUUUGUCGAACCGGAAGCUCUCGCUUGUGGUGGAUCUCGAUCAAACAAUUAUCCAUGCUACUGUUGAUCCGACCGUUGGAGAAUGGAUGGAAGACAAAGAUAACCCAAACCAUCAAGCGCUGAGUGAUGUUCGAGCGUUUCAGCUAGUGGACGAUGGCCCGGGAAUGCGCGGAUGCUGGUACUAUGUCAAGCUACGACCUGGACUAGAGUCUUUUUUGCAGAAUGUCGCGGAGCUCUACGAACUGCACAUUUACACUAUGGGUACUAGGGCAUAUGCACAGCAUAUCGCAGGGAUUAUAGACCCGGAUCGGAAUUUGUUUGGCGAUCGCAUUCUCAGUCGUGACGAGAGUGGCAGCUUGACAGCGAAGAAUCUUCAUCGCUUAUUCCCCGUGGACACGAAAAUGGUGGUCAUUAUUGAUGACCGUGGGGAUGUUUGGCGCUGGAGUCCUAAUCUUAUCAAGGUGUCCCCUUAUGAUUUUUUUGUUGGGAUAGGAGACAUUAAUUCGAGUUUCCUUCCCAAGAAGCAAGAGUUGGAAGCAGUCAAAAACGAAGCGCCAAAGCCCGCACCUCCGGCCCCGAAACCGCCGCCGUUGGAACAACAUCACGCCAAUGGCACGACGGCGAAAGCGGGAACGGACCCAGAGGUGUCGACAUUGGAACAACUGGUGACUAUGGGCGGUGGAGACAACCCGAGGUUGCUUCAAGAGCAGAGCGAUGCGCAGGAGGAGACGAUCAUGCACCAGGUCGAGGAUCGCCCGUUACUGCAAAAGCAAAAGGAAUUGGAUGCCGAGGAUGAUGCAGCUGAGAGCAGCGAUUCGUCCACGAGCGUGGAUGAGUCGCAAGAUCCUAGCAAGCAGCGACAUCAUUUAUUGGAGGACCACGACCGGGAACUUUUUGAACUAGAAGGACGGCUCGAGCAAGUACAUAAGCAGUUCUUCGAUGAGUAUGAAAAGAAGCGCCUGGGGGCAUUGGGUGGAAGAGUGGCCGCUCUGAGAGGCGAGAAGACACCGUCAAAGGACAGGGAUGUGGAUUUGAAGUUGGUUCCCGAUGUGAAGGACAUCAUGCCGCAAAUCAAGCGCCGAAUACUUGGCGGUGUAGUCCUGGUAUUCUCCGGAGUACUUCCUCUGGGGACAGAUACCCAGAACGCCGACAUAUCUUUGUGGACGAAGAGCUUCGGCGCUGCCAUUUCCCAGAAUAUCAACCUCCGGACCACGCACCUGGUGGCUGGCCGAAACCGCACCCAGAAAGUCCGAGAAGCCACGCGAUAUCCGAAAAUCAAGAUCGUCACGACACAGUGGCUGCUGGACUGUCUAACGCAAUGGAAGCGGGUGGACGAGGGGCCAUACCUGCUUCCCGUUCACCCUGAUGAUCGAGGCGAGCCGAUUGACCCUGGUUCAUCGUGGCCUUCGUCUUCUGACGAGGGAACCGGCACGCCCUGGACGGAUGAAGAGGGCGGCACAUCGGAGUCUACGGAUGACAUCCUCAAGUCCUCAGGGCUUGACGAGAGCUCGCCCAUUGGGUACGACGCUGACCAGCAAGCCGCGAUCCACGAGGAGCUGAAGGAAUUCCUUGGGAGUGACGACGAGAGCGAAAGCGACAGCGAAGCCUCUUUCUUGGUGGACGAGCCCACGGCAUCGGCACCGGGCAAGAAGCGAAAACGAGGCGAAGGGCCAGAUGACAGCGAUGAUGACAUGGAAGAUCAGGAUAGCCAGGGCGAAGAUGGGGGUGACUUGCAAGGCUCACGCUUAUCGCAACGGAUCAAGCGGUCGUAUGAACGAAGCACCGGACUUAGGGCUGUGGCGAGUGCAGAGCCCUCCCAGGAGAUGACCGAACGUGACGACAAUAACGACGACGAGGAGGAUACACCGUCUGAACCCAAAGAGUCAUCAGCCAGAUUCCCCGAAGACCCGGCGGACGACGACGACGAACUGGAGCGGGAGAUGAUGGCGGCCUUUGGGGAGGAAAGCGAACCGGACCAUGACAACCCUACUACGGCAGAACUACCUUCGGCCGACAAGUAGGCAACCCGGAGACGUUUCUGUAGUCCAGUCGGAUGAACUACGACCGAACCAGUCUGGCUUGGUGGACAGGCUACUUCGUGCGACUUCCCGACUCGCCGUUCGAUCCUUUUGUGUUAUGAUUUUCCGUGCUUGUUCAUUUCGUUGCAAAUGGUUGCGAUGCAAUGUUCGCAUAGCGAUGGCGUUAGGACCUGCAUAAUCACUCGAGUCCCUUUCUAUUCUCUGUUCCAAACAUGUUCUCUCGACGUGAAUUGAAAGGUCUACGAGAGUUUGAGGCUGGGAUGUAUUUGGGAGUGAUCGUGUUAAUUCUUGAUAAAUAGCUAGGACAAUUAACUUCGGAUAUAUCUCAAUUGAGUUGGAAAAAAAA